GGUUUUAGAACAGGUUCGCCCAGAUGUGGCAGCGAGAGGCCGACCCCAGGAAUUACAAAUGUUUGGAAUUCCGCAUGUAUUGUGGUGUAUGCAAAUGAAGCCGUCUGACCACCUGCGGUAGUGCCAUUUAUGCCAGCCCGUCAGUGAGUUGGGGUGUGUCCCUCCAAGUGGCCUUCCUCCGUGCAAGCUGCACCUGUGGAGCCUGAUCUUAAGCUUCAAACAGUUAUCCAGGAAAGGGGCAUCAGGACUGGUGGGUGAAGAUGAGUGUUCUCGGUGCGGAUGAACAGCUCCGAAUAGAGCAACAGAAGACAGACAAAGGUGUGGUGUCAUCUGUGAAUGGUUGGAUGAGCAAUGGCCUGCCAACAGGGGUGCAGAAGCCAAAGUACAACAAGGCUGGCAAACUGGUGUUAGACGAGCAAGAGGUUGUCUGUGAGGAUGGUAGAAUGGUGCUGGACAGAUGUCUGCAGGAUGAGGUUGUAGAAGUGGAGGAUUUGGGGCAUUUGCUUAUCAAAAAUAAACCAAAGAAAGUACAGAAGAAGAUAGAAGAGCCUGCUGUAAAGCAAGAAGAGGAGUUCAAGCCAAAAGGUGGAGGGAUGAAGAUCAUUAUCAAGGGGCCAUUCAAGGUCAAGCACACGGCCCCGUCCUUCAUCAAGGAGAAGAAGACCGUUCAAGAAGCUCCACCGGUAAAACAAGUUGUGGAGGAGGCAGAAGACUCCGGUGUUGAGACCACCCCCACCCAUCAGCGCAAGAAGCACAAGCUCACCUUCCAGAGCUAUGAGCAGGAGGAGACGCUCAAGUGGGCCAUGGGGUCUCUGCGAAUGCCACCUUACGACAUCGCAAGCUGGCAUUACCCAGACCCAGAGCUCCACAGGGCCACUGAAUCAGUCACCAGGAGUGAGGAGGCUCCUAAGGCACCGGUGACUAAGGUCAGUAAAGCUGAAGAGAAAGUGGUAAGAGCCCCACUGGAAGAAGUCCAAGGGGCGGCGCCUAACACAGCGUAUUCCAAACCGUCUUACGAUGCCGUAAAACAAGAUGGCUACAAAGCCCUAACCCACACGGUCCCCAGCAUGCAAGCAGUGAAACUCGAUACAGCAGAGGAGAAAGAAGUAAAAACAUCAUUGGAUGAAGUGCAGGGGUUAGUUCCAAAGAUAGUUCAGUCCACACCAUGCUAUGAUACAGUAAGGCAGGAUGGCUACAAAGCCCUAACCCACACGGUCCCCAGCUUGCAGGCAGUGAAACUCGAUACAGCAGAGGAGAAAGAAGUAAAAACGUCAUUGGAUGAGGUGCAGGGGUUGGUUCCAAAGAUAGUUAACUCCACACCAUGCUAUGAUACAGUAAGGCAAGAUGGCUACAAAGCCCUAACCAACAUGGUCCCCAGCUUGCAGGCAGUUAAACUCGAUACAGCAGAGGAGAAAGAAGUAAAAACGUCAUUGGAUGAAGUGCAGGGGUUAGUUCCAAAGAUAGUUCAGUCCACACCGUGCUACCACACAGUAAGGCAAGAUCGCUACAAAGCCUUUACACUCCUGGUUGCCAGUGAAAAAGCGCCAAGCCUCAAGCAGGGCAAGGAGCAAAAGGCACAUCUACGCCUCGUCAUGAAAGGAGGCGACUUGGCUCCCAUCAAUUGGCACAAGGCAGCAGUAGCUGCUGUAACACAGGAGUAUGUGAGAGCAAAAUAUUCCCAGAUCUCCAGUAAUAACCCCAUUCAUUUUGCAGAAAUUCAAAGUGCCAUCCUUGAUAUAGGGUCCAUAGAAACGCAGGUUGAUAUUGAUUUGGUCAAACCAGAGUUAAUUCCGGUAGGCACACAUUUCUACAAGACAAAAUUACGGUUUGCAAAGAGUGAGGACCCUGUAUACACUGGAAUACUAGAAAGCGUUAUCACUGUACCUCAGUCUGUUGAUGACCUAGCCCCCAUUCAGAAAGAAAAAGCAAAUGUUGUUGACGUAAACCACAAGUACCUGAAAGCAAAAUCUAAUGUUGUGGCCUCAACCACUGCCCAGCAGUACCUACAAGGAAACCAGAAGAGCCUUCAUCUAGCUGAAGACGAGGUUGACGGCAUCAUUGAACCAUUCAGAGCAAGAGGCAGCAAGUUGGAGACAAUUCCACAACCUUACAACGAGGCAGUCAAGUAUGCAAUUACUCUCUCGCAGCAAGGAGCAUACCAUCAAGCCAAGAGCCAUGACCUGAUUCUUAAAACAGAGGUUACAAAGGAAGACACAGGUCGUGUUGAAUUCGAAAAGGCUGCUGUAGAGCACACAGGACAGAAACUCUCCAGCCAUGACACAGCUAUCACAAAGGCAAAGUGGCGGUACUUUGGGGUCAAAGAGGGGCAGAUGACAAUUAAACCAGAGUCUGUGAAGGAAGACACAGGUCGUGUUGAAUUCCACAAGGCUGCUGUAGAGCACACAGGACAGAAACUCCUCAGCCAUGACACAGCAAUCACAGAGUCAGGACAACCAACGUACCAUCAAGCCAAGAAGAAUCAUUUGAUUCUUACCACAGAAGUUGUGAAGGAGGACAAAGAUCGUGUUGAAUUCCAGAAGCCCACUGAAGAGCUCACAGAGCAGAAGUUGUUUGGGCAUGACACAUCUAUCACAAAGUCAGGACAACCAACAUAUCAUCAAGCCAAGAACAAUCAUUCGAUUCUUACCACAGAAGUUGUGAAGGAAGACAAAGAUCGUGUUGAAUUCCAGAAGCCCACUGAAGAGCUCACAGAGCAGAAGUUGUUUGGGCAUGACACAUCUAUCACAAAGUCAGGACAACCAACAUAUUAUCAAGCCAAGAAUAAUGAUUUGAUUCUUACCACAGAAGUUGUGAAGGAAGACAAAGAUUGUGUUGAAUUCCAGAAGCCCACUGAAGAGCUCACAGAGCAGAAGUUGUUUGGGCAUGACACAUCUAUCACAAAGUCAGGACAACCAACAUAUCAUCAAGCUAAGAAUAAUCAUUUGAUUCUUACCCCAGAAGCUGUGAAGGAAGACACAGGACGUGUCGAAUUCCACAAGGCUGCUGUCGAGCUAACAGGACAGAAGCUCUUCCGCCACAACACAGCUAUCACCAAGUCAAAGUGGCGAUACUUUGGGGUCCGAGAGGGGAGGAUGACAUUGAAAACUGAGGGCGUGCUUGGCUUGGAUACUCCUCUUAAUUAUGAAACUGCUAUUGUACGGAAGGUGGAGCAGGAAUUACAUACAGCAAACAAAGAGGAAGUCCUUGUGGAAGAAGCAGACUACCUCAGUACGAAACCUCGUAGAGUUGCCGCACCUCCUCUUGAGACGCUAGGAGUUGUGGAGCCCCUUGAGUACCAAGCAGUGUGUGUGGGGAGUGUCGAUGCUGUUUACGCUAAAGCUGACCAGGGAAAGGUGACUGUUCAAGACCCCAAAUAUAACACUGCCGUUACAAACUCUGCAUUCCUGACUGUGUCAGACACAGAGGAAGAUGUCCCUGAGAUCAAGUAUGAAACCAGUCCCCUACAGACCAUUCCUGUAGAGCCUUUGCACAAUGUCAUUGUUGGUGAAGGUAAAAGCGAGUGUAAUCUCCUACAGGCAGAAGAAAGCGUGUUGGAUGAACUGCCGCUGGAAAAGACAAGAAAGCUGAAACCACCAGUAAUCGAAUCAGCCGUGCGAGAGAUUGUUCACCAACCGGAGAUGACACGUCCGGUGUUCAUCACCAACCAGGCUGCGGUGCAUGCCCCUCUGCCUACCUUCACGGCCAAUGAGCAGAACUCGCUGCCCGAGUGGGAGACCUGUCAGACCUUAACAGUCGAGGAGGUGACCCCACUUCGAGCCAAGCCAUCAGUAGUGCUGAUGAAUGUCUGCAGGGCCAAGGCCAGUCAGCCAAAGGUCCAGGUGGCUGAAGAAGUGGGAGUAGUGCAGGUCGAUGCAGUGGACUGUGCUUCACCCCCACCCCCUAAAACCCGCCCUGGCGUGUUCUAUGUAAAACCCAAAGAGGUCCUGCAGCAUCCUAUUGAAGAGGUGGAGUCAAUCGAUAACUUGGAAACUGAGUCAGCCAAGGUGAAUGAGGUAGAAACUCCCACACUUCACAAAGUCAAAGUCACUCCUGUUACCAAGUACAAGUUGGAGCUUCCCAAGCUAGAAAUAAGAGAGGAGAUAGAGACCAUAACGGUGGAAGAUUUGGAUCUCAGUCCAGUCACGAUCGUCUCUCCGAAGAAAAAGCAGAUACACGCCAAAAUCCAGCUCGAAGAGCCGACAAAUGUGGAGAGUCAGAUGCAAGUGUCGCUUCAAGCCCUGCCCCGGCCUCUGCUGAAACAAGCCAAUGAGGACAUCUUGAAUGAAGUUCCACUUGGCAGCACCCUGGAGAUCCCCGAGGUGGCGUACCAUAAGGCCAGGACAUCCUUGUGUCCCCUUCUCACAUCUCACAGGGCAGGCGCAAUCAAGCUUCCUGUACAGAGGGCUCCCCCAGGUUUUAACAAGGACUGGCGGACUCUGAAGAAGCUGGAAGGACAGAGGGCCAGUCUGAUGGUGAAUGGAGAGACUGAGGCACCCUACUUCAGUAGAACAAGCAGUGUGCAUUCCCUAUCCAGCCAGCUGUCCAAUGAUAUGUGGACAUACGCAGAUGACAGGAAGCCGACGGAAAAGGCAGAAAUAAUAGAGCCCAGUCCAGCUGCAUCUCCAGAGAAAUUGUCGUCUCCAACAAAACCUGGCUCACGCAAGCCUUUAGAUGCGGACACCUUCAAGGCACCAGAAGAGACAGAUGCCCCAGCACCUAUUAAAGAAGAGCCAAAGGCCACUCCACCCAAGAAAGGCUCUGCCAUCCAAAUGGUUCGUGAGCUACUUGGAUUGCCCACUAAAGGGAAGCCUCAACCCGAAACAAAACCAGAUGCCGCUGUUGUCAAUGAAACACCGCCAGAACCUGUCCUCAAGGAAACGCCAGCUCCUGUUGUCAACAAAUCUCCAAAACCUGCCGUCAAGGAAACACCUCCAGAACCUGUUGUCAAGGAAAUGCCUGCCCCAGUUGUGAACAAAGCUCCAGAACCUGUCGUCAAGGAAACACCAGCUCCUGUUGUCAACAAAUCCCCAGAACCUGUCGUCAAGGAAACACCUCCAGAACCUGUCGUCAAGGAAACACUGGCCCCAGUUGUGAGCAAAGCUCCAGAACCUGUUGUCAAGGAAACAGCUCCAGAACCUGUCGUCAAGGAAACACCUGCCCCUGUUCUGAACAAAGUUCCAGAACCUGUCAUCGAAACACCCCCAGAACCUGUCGUCAAGGAAACACCUGCCCCAGUUGUGAACAAAGCUCCAGAACCUGUCGUCAAGGAAACACCUCCAGAACCUGUCAUCAAGGAAACACCCCCAGAACCUGUCGUCAAGGUAACACCAGCCCCAGCUGUAAGCAAAGCUCCAGAACCCAUUGUCAUUGAUGAAGCACCUCCAAGAGAGCCUGACUACAAUGUUCCGACGACACCCAUCCCUUCGUCAAUGGUUGUGCCACCAGGUCCACAGAAGUCCCCACCAGCUGCAGCUGCCAGCUCACCAACAGAGAAACUUGGGUUCUGGGAUAGUCUCAUGAGGAGGGAGCCAAACAAGCCUGCUGCAGCUGCUGCACCAGAGGACUCAUCUACCAAACCUAACAUUUCUGACAAGGACACUGAGGCUGAUGGAAGUGAUGCUGAUGCACCAGAGGAUGAAAAGUCUAAUUGGAGAAGUAAGGUUGGCCUUUCCCGCUACUUGGGAAUUUUCAAGAGAGACAGUGAAAGAGGGAAGGAAGAGAAGACAGAAGAAAAGAAGGAUGAGAAGUCUCCUAAAAGGUUGAGUCUGUUGAACAGGGCUCCAAUGGGAUCAUCAGAGCCGCAGUAGAACCAAUAGACUUGCGAGCUGAGGAAAUGGGAAGGCAAACAAAGGGAGCAACAAGGAAGAAGGGGUAACAAGAAAAAUGGAGAAGCUGUAAGGGAAGAUGUUGAUAUAUGGAAUCAGCAUAAGGCAGAGGAAGAAGACAAGAGGUGUGUGAAGGAAGUGAGGUAGAGUAAUACUAAGAUAAUAGCAUCAGUGAUGUACAUCUUGUUGUAUACAAUAUCAGAUCUGAAUUUGAAGGAUGCUAUGAAAGGACAACUACAUGUAAUGUGCCAGAAAAUUAGUAACAUUAUAGAUCAGUCUCAAAAGUGUAUUUAGAUAUCUUACCUUUGAUUGUGCAUAUUUGUAGAGACUUUUUAUUUUAAAGUUUUCUCUUUUUUAAAUUUCCAAUUUUUGUUUUGUUUUGAUGCCAAGAGUUGGCCCAGCAGUCAAGAAAUUUAAUUUCAUACAUUUAAUUACAUUCUAAUAUCAUUGAUUCCAUUGGUUUUAAGAAGCACAUACACAUUCUGUAACUUAUGAUAGGUUUAAGACCUUAAUGUUAUGUGGCAUUUAGGCCAUUGUUGUGUUCUCAUUGACAAUAUCAGACUUCUCCUUACCGAGUGAAAGACCAAAUGUGUUAAUACACUUAACUACCUCACUUACUCAAUAUCUAUCACUAAUAUUGUUGGUGUACAUUGUUGGAUGGACAUAUUCAAUAGUAAACUAUGUUAGAAGGUCAGGUGUAAUACGAUAAAUGGAUACAUCUAAUAAAAUACUUGAAAUAUCAACUAUUUGGAAUUUCUAUCAAACUAAAUGUAGCUCAUUAGAAAAAAUGACCCUGCAUAAUGAUACCUUUGAUUGAUUUGGACUAGGAUCUAUUGUUAUCACCUUAGGUCCAUGUUGUAAAUAGUGACAUAAUAGCUCCGGGUUAGGUGGAAGGAUGCAAUUAUGUAAGCCAUUGCUAUAGCAUAUCUGGCAUAUCUAUACUAGCCGUUGGUUUCGUGACAAGAAGCCCACAACAGCCAUUGAAUGACUUGAAUGAAAUUGACACCCUUGCUCUUACAGGAUGUUUGAAUGAUAAACUUAUGUUUGUGUCAGAAAGUCAAUACACUAAAAGUCUGAAACUUGUAAAGUUUCUCCUGCUGCUUGCAUUUUGACACUGUAACUCAACUGUCAGAUAACUUUUACUGUGUUUUAUAUACUACAAAUGUAGUAAUGAAUGUAUCUUCUUUAGUCUUUGAAUGCACCACCCCCGUUUCUAGUCUUAGAUACUGUUAGUAACACUUACACGUAUUAACAUGAUGUAGAAAAAUAAAGUAUACUAAACUGAA